ACAAGGCUUUGAGAUUACAAUUAAAAAUACACACACAAUAUUUCAUAACAAAAAUAAUUCGGAUAUUUGAAAACAAACAAACUAAAAAAGUUUUUCUGAAUAAAACCAAGAAGCUGAUUCCUUUAUUUAGCUUUACGAGAAAUCAGCUAAAAUUGAGAAGAUGCACACAUACAAUGAAGGUUUAAAUUACGUGCCACUGCUAGCGGCACAAAGCGACGCAACACAUAUGGGCAACGGCGGUGGCGGAGUCUGCUUCAAUACAGCGCGACGAACCACUAGAGCGCUGUCACCGACGGGCAGCGUCAUCUGUUACAAUGGCAACUAUGAGGGCGAUCUCAGCAUGUUCGGCAGCAAACCACUGCCACAUCAGCGACGCUUGGAGCUGGUGGAGACCGAUUCGGACACCGAGUACAGACGCGAAUUGGAAGCUUAUCAACCGCCACAACGGACUAGCGUUAAUCGUAGUAGUAGUGGCAUUGAGCGCCAAUUGCGACGACUGCUCAUCUACUAUGGCGAUCGUGUGCUGAGUCCCAAGCGACGUCAACAAGCCACAGCAUUCACGAGCAGAAUCUACAAGAGUUCACUUUAUCAGCGUAUAAUCGAAUUACUGUACAGAGCCUGCGCAUGGAUGCUGUGGCUGUUGCGGCUGCUGCUCUUCACCCUGUUACGCUUCACCAACAGCAGUUAUGGUUGCUGGCGUAGUUGUAUACUAAUGCGUAAUACAGCGCGCCGUGUGCUCUGGUGGAUGACGCUGGCCAAAUGUGGCGAUGUGAAGCUCUUCAUGAUGAUACUGCUCGGCACACCGCUCGUAUUCGUGCUGGCUGCAGUGGGUUUGCUGCUCUCCAUCUAUUGUGCGCUGCGAGAAUAUUGUGGUAAUGCAAAUUUCCUUCGACGAUUUCGUGUCACUUGAAUCAAACAAAUGCACACACACCCACACAUACAUAUAGAUAAACAGAUAUAUUUUUGAGACUUAUUCAAUGUAAACUUGUAAGCACGGAUAUUGUUUAUUGACGCGCGAAAUUCCAUGUGCCACUUUUAUAAAGCGCACACUACAAAACUAAGCUAGAUUUCUAUAUAUUUUUUUAGCAUUUUCUCCACUAUUAUUAAAUUUAUUUUACAUAAAUUUAGUACCGCAAAUAAAUUUUAUACCAUUUGCCUCGGA